UAUUUAAUAUUGCAGUUUCUAUAUUUUACUGCGUGUGUUUUAAUACAGAUCACGUGACCCACAAUUACACGUUUGAGGAACCAAGCUUAUCACAAGCUACGUCAUCGCCACAACAUGACAGUAGUAACCCUCAAGAGCACGUGACCAACACAGUUGAGCAACCAAGCGUAUCACAAGCUACGUCAUCGUUACAAUAUGACAGUAGUAACCCUCAAGAGCACGUGACCAACACAGUUGAGCAACCAAGCGUAUCGCAAGCUACGUCAUCGUUACAAGAUAUGCAAAUUAACCCAAAAGAUGGUGGGGUGACGUUACAAAAACCAACAAUUGAAGAUAUUUUUGAACCCACAGAUGUCGGUCGACCACUGCGAAAGCGAAAAUAUCACGAAGCUUACGUCAUAUGCUGUCGUCGUAUGAAGUUCGACCCAGCUGUCAUUGGAUAUAAGGUUCUGGUCAACCAUUACCGAUGUUGUAUGUUGGUUGGAAAGGCAGAAGAAGCGAUUCGAACCAAAAACAAACUUACAUUUUUUUUAAAAGAGAAAUCUCAAACCACGCCGAAUGAAAUCGAAACAUUUGCUGACACUAUCAGGGGUGAAGAGAGAGACAUGGAACCGAUUUUGUUUUAUCAAAUCGCUGCCGAGUUUUAUGGAAAUCAAUCGAAAGCCGGUUUGGUCGGAAUAGAGAAUUGCGUAAAUGGGAUCAGACUUUCUAUCAAGCCAAUGUUAUCACGUGACAAAGGAUUGAAGCCGAUCGUUCGAACCCACGUGAUUCCACUGAUGCGUGACAUGCGAGAAAUGAUUCGACGAUCUGAUGACGUCAGUGAGGAAGUGCGGUGUUUGCAGGAAGUUAAUUGUUUGUAUUCUAUCGAAUUGAGUGAGGGUUUGGUUGGUAACUUAGAUGGUAAAGAAACAGCAGGUAAGGAAGCGAUCGCUAUUAUGGAAAGGGUUUUCAAGGAGAGAGCUGGAAAGCAUUCAGUGUACGGGACUUGUUUGAACAAUCUCGGUUCCACGUAUGUAAAAACUUCCCGACCCAACGAUGCCAACCAGUAUUUCCGCAAAGCUAUUGCAGCUUUUGGGGAAGCUGAGGAUAUCAACGAUGAUCUAAGAGAUAAAAAGAUUGCCAUAAGCAUACAAGGCCUAAAAAAUGCGAAACGUCAAAUGAAGUAACUUCGUCAUAAUUGUUUUUUUCCUCAUAAUUACUUGACAAUGGAUGUUGUUACAUCACCAACAAAUGAUAAUAUGUUGUAUAUAGUGUAUAUGACGUCACAAUCGAUAUCAUUGUUUUUGCCGCUUAAUGUUCUUGUGAUGUUGCGUAAUAGUUUGUUUUGCAUAAAAUAUCGUGUAUAUAUGACAUGUAGCACCUGGUAAUAUUAACAAGCAAAAAUAAAUACAAUAAACUUAUCAACCUA